AUGCCUGGAAGGAAACGAAGCGCCCCGAUCGACAACCCCAGCCCACGGACCAUCCGCGCCACCCGCUCCAGCGCUCGCAGGACAGCUGCCAAAAAUGACAAUGAUGUUAUUCCCGAUGUGGUCAAAGAAAUGGUGGUGGAAGUGAGGAAAGCGAAACAAGCUGCCGCAGAAAAUGAAGACACUCCAACAGAACCGCCACGAAAGCGGAAACGACCAGGGGAGAAACCCGCCAAGCCAUCCAAGGAGAAUGACGCUGGGAAUGACGGCAAUGAUGAGGAGAUUGAGUUUGAAGAUGUUCCAAUACCUGCUCCGACCAUCCAGACCAUGGUUAGAGACACGGAUGACGAGGAGGAUGACGAUGACGAUGACGAUGAUAUCCAGUUUGAGGACGUCAAUAUCAACGGUGCUCAAGCAAACACAAGAUAUGAAGGGCCGAAGACGUUGGAUCUUGAUCUCACUGCUUAUAUGGCCUCGUUGGCUCCGAAAAAAGGAGACCGUCGCAAGGCAUUGGGGAGGGAGGAAAAGGACCGUCGUAUAGAGACACACAAGGUUCAUCUUCUCUGUCUGCUGGCUCACGUAGAGUUGAGGAACCGGUGGUGCAACGACCCCGAGGUUCAAGAUGCUCUUCGUCCGCUGCUGUCUCGGAAAACAGUAGGAUUUUUGCGUCCGAGGGCAAGUCUGAACCAGUUCAGCCGGACUGAAUCACUGAGAAGGGGUAUCUCCGAGGCCAAGGAGGUGUUCAGAACCAGGUUUGAGAUCACUGAGCGAGGGCUACAGAGAGCCCUCUGGGCGGAAAAUCUGGACCAACUGAAAGAUUACAAACCACCCCCAGACGCGGAAACCACCCGCAACAAAGCCGACUUUCUCAAAGCAGCCCAAACCCUCCGCGGCUCCCGCGACGUCGGCGCCCAGCUCUUUUGCGCCCUCCUCCGCUCGGUAGGAGUAGAAGCCCGUCUGGUCUGCUCUCUCCAACCCCUCGCCUGCGUCGCAGGGGCGCCGGCCAUGCCUAAGCCAUCAUCCAAAACCACGCCGAAAGCUAAACAACCCUCCAAAGCAGAGCAAUACUUAGCAGCCGUGGCCAAACACGAAACAAAAUUCACCCCCACCACCCCUGGCACAAUCCCCCGCUCCCGUCUAGGCCACCCAGACGCAACAUCCUACCAAAUCCCCUCCCUCCUCGCCCCUUCUCCUUCUACCCCCCCUCCUUUACCCACCCCUAAAACCCAAGUCAAAAAAAUCAAAGGCGAAUCCCCCUUUCCGAUCUGCUGGGUCGAAAUCCUCGACCACGCCCACCAGAAAUACCACCCCGUCGAUCCUCUAGUCACCUUUUCCCAGUUCAAUCCCAAGGUCUACGAACCCCCCUCUUCUGACCUCCUCAACUCCCUCACCUACGCCGUGGCCUUCAACCCCGACUCUUCCUGUCUCGACGUAACCCGCCGUUACGCAAAAGCGUACAACUCAAAAACCAGACGGUGGAGAAUCGACGGCUUAGUUUCGUCACGCAACGGCCUGAAAGGUGAACGCUGGCUGAGGGCCGCGCUGAGGAGGUAUCAGCCCCCGUCCGUGACGGACUUGCUGCAGAUUGAACUCAACGAGCUGAAAGCGGCCGAGCUGAAGGAGCCGAUGCCGAGGAAUGUGAUGGAUUUUAGGGAUCAUCCUGUUUAUGCUUUGGAGAGACAUCUCAGGAGGAAUGAGGUUUUGGUGCCAGGGGCGCAGGUUAGCGGGACGUGCGGGGGGGGGGGGUUGGAGAGGAUUUACAGACGGAGGGAUGUCAAGGUGGCGAGGACGAGGGAGAGGUGGUUUAGGUUGGGGAGGGUGGUGAAGGGUGGGGAGGUGCCGGUGAAGGUGCUGCCAAAGAUGAAAAGGAAGAAAAAGGGGCGGUUGGGUGAUGGUGAUGAUGAUGAGGAGGGGGAGCAAGGGGCAGGGAAUCCGGUUUUUAUUGAGAGUCAGACGGAGGUGUAUGUGCCGCCUCCGGUGGUGGGGGGGAGGGUGCCGAGGAAUAGGUUUGGGAAUGUGGAUGUUUAUGUGCCGAGUAUGGUUCCACGGGGGGGGGUGCAUCUACCUCAUGAGAGGGCGAGGAGGGCGGCGUUCGUACUGGGGAUCGAUGCUGCGCCGGCGUUGACGGGGUUUGAGUUUAGGGGGAGGCAGGGGACGGCGGUGUUGAGGGGCGUUGUGGUUGCGGCUGAGUAUAAGGGGGCGAUGGAGGCGGUUAUUCAAGGACUAGAAGAUAUGGAGGUGGAGGAGGAGCAGGAGAGAAAAACGAGGAUGUUGCUCGCCGUCUGGAGAAGAAUGUUGAAGGGUUUGAGGAUUAGGGAGAGGAUCAUGGAUGGGGUGGAUGAGGAGGCUGAGGCGGAAGCCGAGGCCAGAAAGCAAGAAGACAAGGGUAAAGCCAAAGAGGUAGACAUGCCUGAUUUCGACGACACCGCCACCCCCUUUCACGAUGACGAAGAUGAAGACUCAGCCGGAAGGGGUGGUUUCUUCCCAUCCACCAACCUCGACAGCGAUGACGAAGGGGGAGGGGGUGGGUUCAUGGUAGAAGAAGAAGAAGAAGAAGGCGGUGGCUUCGUGAUAGAAUAG